CUCAGUGUCCAACCGCACCGCAACGCAUCGUCGCACGCACACGCAAGCGCCCUCGACGAGCUAUUAUUUUAUAAUAUUAUUACCACUAUCGUUAUUAUUAUUAUAAUUGUUAUCGGUGUACCUACGUUCGUGCGGACGCGGAACGUAUAACGUUAAUAAGACGCGAUAACAUUGUAUAUUGUUAUCGUCCACUUCGGUGUGAAGAUUUCCGUCAUUACUUCUGCACCUCGACUGCGGAUUCGAUGAGACGAAUCGUAACCGCUUCAGUCGUCGCCGCGGUUCCCGAAAUGCACCGGCCGCGAUGUUAACACACCGCUUGCACGUUGACGACGAACAGAUCGCGUAAAUCGUACUGGUGGCCAAGGACAUAGUACCUCGUCUAUAUAUAAUAUAAUCGGAUUCAUACGAUCGCGACUAUAAUACCGUGAAAUAUUCUUCGUCGUGAUUUAGUGCUGAAGUUAAUUUUUUCGCGCGGCUAACGGUAGUUUAAACGGAAAUCGUCGUCGCGUCGUCAAUAAAAUGGUCGACGAGACCAAGUGCAGUUCGGUCGAGGACGGCACGACCACGGACGAGGAUCGGGACGUCCGCGUCGAUUCCGGCGGAUCGGACGAGGAGCUGUGCAUGGACGAAGAAGACGAGGACGACGUUUCGUCGCCAACCUCGGCGGCGCCCGGCGCCCUGACGUUCGGCAUAUCCCGUCUGUUAGCCGGUGGCGGCGGUGGACGGGGCGCGGACGAUUUGGCGUCUAAGCGUUCGGCGUCCUGUACCAGCAUGGCCGCGGCCGCCGUGUCCGGCCCGGCGGAAGCGCUCGCUUCGCUAUACGCGGCCGGACAUCACCACGCCGCUGUGUUUGGGCUUCACCACCACCUGCACCAACAACAGCACAUGGCCGCUGCCGCGGCCGCUGCUCACCAAGCGGCUGCUGCAGCCGCCGCUGCGGCCAACAAGCCGGUUGACGACAAGACGUACCUACAGUAUUCGGGAGCAGCGGGCGUUAUCAAGGUCCCAGCACACAGGCCGCAUCCGUCUAACGGUAGCAACGGCGGCGGCGCGCCUGGCCCAAUGCAGUCCCCCUGGGCCGCGGCCGCAGCCAUCGACCCGGUAUCGUUCAUGCAGCGUAACGCUUUCCUGUUCGCCGCUGAUAAAAACCGACUGGCAGCGGGUUGUGCUGGCGGACUUUUAGGCACCCGGCGCAUAGGACAUCCGUACCAGAAUCGGACGCCACCCAAGAGGAAAAAGCCGCGUACGUCGUUCACCCGCAGUCAGAUAUCACAGCUCGAAGAGAAGUUCAACAAGCACAGAUAUCUGUCAUCCGUCGAUCGUGCGGCUCUAGCGAAAGCGCUUAAGAUGACCGAUGCACAGGUCAAAACAUGGUUCCAGAAUAGGCGCACCAAAUGGAGACGUCACAUGAUGGAGGAACGGGAAGCUCAAAGGCAGAUGGCCACGAAAAUGAUGCAGUCCAUGAUGGACGACCGAGACGGCGGCGUGCGUCUGGGCGCGCUGCAGGGCCUACAGGCCUGGUCUCCGGCAGCCAUGUCACCCGGCGGCGGCGGGCCCGGAGGCGUCGGCGGCUCCCCGGUGGCGCCCCAACCGCCACCAGGACACUUUGCCCUGUCGCAGGCUCCGGUCGCUUCGCCCAUGUGCUGAACGGACCUCGGUCCGCGUGCGGCGGUUUUGAUUUUUCGUCGUCGUCGCGAUCACGUGUACUCAGAUUCCUAAGUCCUCGAGACACGCUCCGUACAAAUAUAAUAAUAUAUUAAAUAAGAUUGUCUUUUAAUGAAAUCUAUACCUGUAUAUAUAUAUAUAUAUAUAUAUACAUUUAUAUAUGGACUUUGUGGUGCGCGCUAUACUAAUGCGCGUGAGCCAAUCAAUGGUGGUACCGAUAUCGGGUUGAGUGAAUACAAAUAUUUAUAUGUUGAAUAAUGUUUUACGUGCAAGCGUGUGAUAGUAAUUAUUAGUCAUUUUAUCAUAAUAUAUCGUUUACAGAGAUUCGUAUUUUCAUGCCAUUUUUUGUGAUGAUUAUAAUAUAUGCGUCGUAUAUUACACAAAAAUAUUAUACGUGAGGCUCAGAUCUGCGGGCGCAAUAUCUCGCGAAAUACAAUGCAUUUUUUGAAAACAUUCUGUUAUGAUUAUCGUACAGAAAUAUAUAAAAUAGUUUGUUCUUCUGUUACGGGAAAACCAAUACAGAUUUAAAUGAAAAAUAAAUCCUUCUAUUUUUAAAGAUAUCAUAAAAAAACCACUCUUUAAUACGUAUGUGCAAUUGCAUACAGUCGUUGCGCGUCUAAACGAGUAUACAUAGCUAAACCAUGACGUACCUAUAACUACAUUUAAUACACAUGUAUAAAUAAUAAUCACAAUAUUAUGGUGUAUUUACGUGAUUCCGUAAAUGCAUAGGUAUAUAUUAUAACAUCGUGUUGAUUAAUUGUAUUAUUAUUAUUGUGUACUGUACGACACAGUUUAUAGUCAUCAUUUAUAGAUAUAAUGUAGUAUGAUAUAUUAUGUAUAAUAUAUCGUUCUCUUUUCGUACGCACAAUGCCCACGCCAUUAUAUUUGUGUAUUUUUAAUUUAAACACUAUUAAAACUUUUAAAGCGUUAAAUUAUCAUAUUUUAUCUCAUAUAUAUUUAUUUUUAUUUUUUCUUUGACGUUUCUCACGUGUAUAUAAAAUAUACCUAUUAUUAGUAGUAUGUAGUAGUGGUAGUAUUUAUAACUUAUGAAUAAACGAGUGCGUUUUGAAAGUUUAAAAAUCUUCAAUCAACUAUAUAUUUUCGGCGAAAUUGUUGGUGGUUGGUGUAGAAAAAAAACGUGAUAGUUUACAAAAUAUGCACAUUUCGGAAAAUUAGGCGCCAUUAUCGAUUUUUUAAAACUUUUGUAUUAAAAACACGGUUCUUAAAGGAGGUUAAGCGACCAGCGCCAAUCCCGAAUAUACAUGUAUCAUAUAGAUUAUAGACAGUUAUUCCAAAUAAUUUUGAGGCACUCUGUACUACAAGAGAUGAGCAAAUAAUUAUCUAUUUAAUAAGGUAUUCAAAUCGUAUGUUAUUUAGAUAACAUUUUAUUCAAAUAAUGUGCUAUACUCCGCCGUGACAGACGCGUGAGGUGAUAAUGAUAAUAAUUUUAAUAGUAUUAUAUUAUGUAUAAUGUUGGUGUACAUGCAAUCGAGAAUUUUCCGAUUCAUAUAUUAUCAAAUAUCGUUAUAAAAUAAUUAUUAUUCUGUACAAGUAGCCGUAUAAAAUUAAAACAUAUUACACAAAAAUGUACGUAUCACUCAUUAUCACGAUAAUAAGGUACUUUAUAAAAUAAUAUUUUGUAUUUAUAUACAUGAAACAAUAUUAUUAUUUAUAUAAAUUGUAAAUUUUUAUUUGUAAUUUGUACGAGUGCAAUGUUAGAUAUUAUUAUAUAUAGUUAUAUUAUGUAUAGCGAGUAAAAGAGGCAUUACGCAUAUUAUAAAGGUAUAUUACAUGUUUUGUUUUAUUUAUUGUAUGAAUUUCAUUUUUGUUUUUAAGGCAUUUCCUCACUGUACGUAUAAAUAUAAAUCAUGUAUAUAUAGAUGAUAAAUACAUACACUUGUAUGUAUAGAUAUAAGUUUAGAUACGCGAUAAAUGGACAAAAAAAAUCAUUAUUUCAAUAUUGUUAUAACCAAUUACUCGUCAUUUUCUAUUGGACCAGAUCAUUGUAUGUUUUUUGUUUGAAUAAUAAUAAUAUGAAUUGCAUUAUAUUAUCGUAUCAUAGUAAUAAUAUAGUAUAUAUUAUGUAA